AUGGAGUUCUCUGAGUCUGCGCGCGCUUUGUCGGACGUCACGUUAUCUUCGUCGCUCUCACCUUCCGUUUCUUCAUUGAUGCUUCCAGGCUCAACCCGCCCCGAUUAUCGCGGUAAAUGUCUUUACAAAACCGGCAAAUGCGUAAAUGAGCGCGCGCUGAAGACAUCGGGAGCAGCUCACAACCUUUGCGACGAGCAUCGCAAUCGACAGAACCAGCACCAGCGCAAACUCGACGCCAAGAAUCGAGUAAUUAAGCGAGAACGAGGAGUGUUACCUAGAGAAGCCAAAACUGAGCGCUUUGCACCGUAUCCUGUGGUACUUAAAUACCAACCACCUUUUACUUUAGCUGAAGAAGCCGAAUCGGUACCUCUACCUGCCGUUGCAUCGUCGACGGCAAAGACCGUUUGUACCUUUAAAGAUGAAAAGGUCAUGGCUCUGAUGUCGGAAAUGCGAGCAAUAGCCACGACUCCAAUGAACACAGGUGUCAUGGUUCUGCCGGAUGGACCUCAGCCUCCUCUUAUGGACUUCUCAUUCGUUAUUGAAGAUUUUGACGGCAUUGUCGUCCCGUUGCCGUCUUUCCUCAAAGGGCAAGAACGCAAUGAAUUUCGCUCUCGAGUCUACCAAAAAGUUUUGGACUUUAUUUCUGAGGAGUGCAUUUUACGUUCUGGAGAAAAGGUUGCGAUUGAGACUACUAGUGUAGCAGAAACGAAACGUUCCGUUAGAACAGGCACCGGUCGAACCCAGACCGAGCAUAGCGUGAGCAUCGGAAGUGCAGAUAACGAAUACGCAGAUGCAAAGGCUUCAAAAAUUCAGGAGAGCUGA